AUGUGCAGGGAGCAAAAUAUUGCUAGCACUAUUCCAAUUGGAAGUAGUUACCCUUACCAUUCCUACUGGGCUCUGUAUCUAUAUCUUGAUUUUACUCAACAGUUUAGAUUUUCUGAGUUGAGCUUUAUGCCAAAAAACCCAAGACACCUGACUUCGCCAACCGACCUGAACUUGGUCGUAGCUCGGAACAACAGAGUGGAACUCCACCUGGUUACACCAGAAGGAUUAAGGCCUCUAAAAGAACUCACCAUCUAUGGCAAGAUUGCCUGCAUGAACCUUUUUACACCUAUGAAUGAAUCAAAAGACUUGCUCUUCAUAUUGACAACACGGUAUUGUGCUAUGAUCCUGGAAUGUGUUGGGGAUGGAGAGAAUCUAGAGAUCAUAACCAGAGCUCAUGGCAAUGUAGCAGAUAAGAUUGGGAAACCAUGUGAAACUGGAAUGAUUGCAAUUGUUGACCCUCAGGCGCGUUGCAUUGUAUUGCGACUCUAUGAAGGCCUCAUUAAAGUCAUUCCUCUUGAUAAAGACAAUAAUGAGCUUAAAGCCUAUAAUAUAAGAGUUGAUGAGCUUCAAAUUCAAGACAUAGAGUUCUUGUAUGGAUGUUCUAAUCCCACAAUUAUUGUUAUAUAUCAAGACACGCAUGGGAGACAUAUUAAGACUCAUGAAAUUUCCCUCAAAGAAAAGGAAUUCUCCAAGAUGCCCUGGAAGCAGGAUAAUGUAGAGACUGAGGCCUCUACAAUUAUUGCUGUUCCAGAGCCGUAUGGUGGAGCAAUCAUUAUUGGUCAGGAAAUUAUCACUUACCUCACUGGGACUUCACAUGUGACAGUAGCCCCUGCUCUCAUUAAGACCAGCACCAUAGUUUGUUAUGGGAAGGUUGAUGCCAAUGGUUCAAGAUAUCUCCUAGGAGAUUUGUCAGGCCGUCUCUUCAUGCUGCUGCUGGAUAAGCCGGAUGAUCGGUCUGAGGCUACUGUCAAGGUUGAAUUGCUGGGUGAAAUAUCCAUCCCUGAAUGUCUGACAUACCUUGAUAAUGGUGUGGUCUUUGUCGGAUCUCGCUUGGGAGAUUCACAGCUGAUCAAACUAAAUACAGAAGCUGAUGCCUCUGGCCAGUAUGUGGUUAUCAUGCAGACCUUCAACAAUCUUGGCCCUAUUGUGGACAUGGUGGUCGUUGACCUGGAGCGACAGGGCCAGGGGCAGCUUGUAACCUGUUCAGGAGCUUUUAAGGAGGGAUCUCUUCGUAUUAUCCGUAAUGGCAUUGGUAUCCAUGAACAAGCGUCAAUAGAGCUGGAUGGCAUUCAAGGGAUGUGGUCACUAAGUGUAAAUUCGCAAAUCACCACAAUACUAUCGUCCUG